AGGGGCUGCCUCCACCAUCUCUAAUUGGUGUAACUGCCACAGUUUCGUUCAUUGUAAGAAAUAUCAAAAUAAACAUUAAAAAUGUUCAAUAAAAUCUUCUACAAACAGAACAUCCGACGCGUUGUUCCCGGUACUUGCCUCGUGGUGGGCGACGCCGGCGCCGGGGCGAGGAGCCUCGCGAAGGUGAAGCUCACCCUCCAGCUUAGGAGAGGGUGCUGGCGAACCACCUCACGGAAGGUGGCCGUCUUCACCUUCCAGGAGGCGUCUGGCCACGUCUCUUCCCAUGCCCUGCUGGACCUGGAGUACCUCUUCAGGUGCAGCAGCAAGCCAAGUGCCGGCACCAUGCAGGUCAAAAUCUGUGUAGUGCUGCGCUGCGGCGGGAAACGCGUGGCCCGCGCUGACCUGGAAGAUUUUCUCGGCCAGCUGCUGCGGGGUGGCCGCCUGGACUCUUUCUUCCUGUAUAUACACGAAGAAAAAGUCGCCCUCCUGCAGGCCAAUCAGCCGAUUACGGACCAAGGUACGGAAUGGCUUUUUGAGGGAGAGCCACGAGGCACGCACACAAUGGUUAAGGCUGAGACUCUUGAAGAAUAUGAUGAUACUAACGAAUUGGAAGACUAUACUGACGAACACAACAAAGAAUGGAAGGCUUACCUCGAAAAGGUAUUCUCCGUUGAGGAUGAAGAUGACAUCGACGAACUGGAAGACAGCGAUGAAGAAAAGUACAAAGAAUGGAAGGCUUAUCUCGAAAAGGUAUUCUCCGUUGAGGAUGAUGAUGACAUCGACGAACUGGAAGACAGCGAUGAAGAAAAGUACAAAGAAUGGAAGGCUUACCUCGAAAAGGUAUUCUCCGUUGAGGAUGAUGAUGACAUCGACGAAUUGGAAGACAGCGAUGAAGAAAAGUACAAAGAAUGGAAGGCUUAUCUCGAAAAGGUAUUCUCCGUUGAGGAUGAUGAUGACAUCGACGAACUGGAAGACAGCGAUGAAGAAAAGUACAAAGAAUGGAAGGCUUAUCUCGAAAAGGUAUUCUCCGUUGAGGAUGAAGAUGACAUCGACGAACUGGAAGACAGCGAUGAAGAAAAGUACAAAGAAUGGAAGGCUUAUUUGGAAAAGGUAUUCUCCGUUGAGGAUGAAGAUGACAUCGACGAACUGGAAGACAGCGAUGAAGAAAAGUACAAAGAAUGGAAGGCUUAUCUGGAAAAGGUAUUCUCUGUUGAGGAUGAUGAUGAUGCAAACGAGGUGACCUCCGAGUUGCGGGAAGCCUCCGAUGCAGGAAAUGAAGGAGCAGAAGAGGUGACCUCCGAGUUGCGGGAAGCCUCCGAUGCAGGAUAUGAAGGAGCAGAAGAGGUGACCUCCGAGUUGCGGGAAGCCUCCGAUGCAGGAAAUGAAGGAGCAGAAGAGGUGACCUCCGAGUUGCGGGAAGCCUCCGAUGCAGGAAAUGAAGGAGCAGAAGAGGUGACCUCCGAGUUGCAGGAAGCCUCCGAUGCAGGAAGUGAAGGAGCAGAAGAGGUGACCUCCGAGUUGCAGGAAGCCUCCGAUGCAGGAAAUGAAGCAGCACGCGAAGCGACGUCCCCAGACCAGGAAGUUCCCCAUCAAGGCGAGUCCUCUGCACCAGUGGCCGUCUCUGCCACCCCCGCCGCUGCCUCUCACGCUUACCGCAGCCUGGCUGUGCCUCAUAGAUUCAUCAGCCGCCUUGCAGGCCCCGAGGACCGCCACCUCGAGGAUCUGCGGCGGAGCUAUGGGGUACAAAUCACGCUGAUUAAGCGAACCCUCCAUGUGAAGGGCCACAGAGACUCAGUUCUGCAGUGCCACAACUUCAUUCGUGCCAAAAUAGCAGAGUGGCGGAGGUGCGAGGCCGCUGAGGCUCAUUAAGCGACCUACAGCCACCUGGGACGGUCCGGUAACAAUGCUCGUGACCUGACGCCUGACGGGGAAAAUUAAGCUGCAGACGAGGCGACCCCCGAGUUGCGGGAAGCCUCUGUGAAGGAAAAGGUGCUGGCGAAGAGGCGACCUCCGAGUUGCGGGAAGCCUCUGUGAAGGAAAAGGUGCUGGCGAAGAGGUGACCUCCGAGUUGCGGGAAGCCUCUGUGAAGGAAAAGGUGCUGGCGAAGAGGUGACCUCCGAGUUGCGGGAAGCCUCUGUGAAGGAAAAGGUGCUGGCGAAGAGGUGACCUCCGAGUUGCGGGAAGCCUCUGGUGUAUAUAUCUUAUCUUAUCGUUUCUUA